GCGGGAGCCUUCGAAGCCCGCGCCGCCCCUUCCCGCCAUGACAGCAGACGACCCCGAAGUUCCAAACCAAAAAUCCCUCUCCUCGUGUCGUGGCGCAAGGGGAGAGACAAACCCCCCUUUUGGCCUCUUCUACAAAAUUAUCACAAAAGGUAAAGAUGUCCAACCCCAUUGGUUCAUUCUUAGUAAGGGCAGCAAGAUCAACAGUUGCAGGAGAUGCAUUCGAGGGAGAACCUUCAGGACACACACUCCCAACCGGAACGUUUCUAUCUGAGUUAACGACAACGCAAAACACGCCAUCCUUUCUUACGGAAACUCCUCAAGCUCCCAAUACAGCUUUCUUAGCAGCUCGAUCAGGACACCAAGAAACGAUCCUCAGCCUGACAGCAUCUGGAGGCACGGGAACCUUCCUCUCCUCAGCUGAGUCAGAUGUCACUGGAGGAGAAGAGGUGUUGCUGGGAGGCGGAGAUGAUGGGGAUGCUGGCGAUAUUGCAUCAGGGCCGUUGCUCUAUCUUGAUCCUGCAACUGGACUUCAUGUCUUGGUUCAUCACCUCCCACAUUCCUCACAAGAAGCUACUGGAACCAGGGUGGAGGAUACUUCUCAUGAGCAGUUUGUGGUGGUUGGAGCUCUGCAGUCAGAAGAGGAGCAGGUGGUGCUGGAAAGACCAUUAGAUGAUAGCACUGCACAUAAUACAGUUAAUGUUGAAAACAUGUUGAGAUCCCAGGUAGAAUCAGCCAGAACAGAACUUGCCCCACACCAUAUUUUUGCCUCACAACUAGAGUCGUCAUUGGGACUUAAUGUUGGGGUGACCACAUCAGGCUCCCUGUCCAGUAAUCAAGCAUGCAAGUCCAGAAAUUCAGUUUUGAAUAUUCAGGCCACACCAGAAACAGUUGGAGACAGGAGAGAUUCUCCUUCUAUCUUGGACUGUACUGAUGCUCCCAUGCUGACCCUUCGAGUAGCAGAUGAGGGAGGUGGAAUGUCGACAGGGGAGCUGAGAAGAGAUAUACUGGGUAUUGAGUCAGUGCCACAUAUAAAUUUGGAAGAGAUAAUUGAAAAGUUCACGAGCAGUAGCAGCACACAUGUUAUUGACAGUGGCGUUGUGCCUGAAAACAACAGAGUUAUUACAGAUAUAAACAGCGCUGUGGAUGAGAGUGCUAACCCUGUUUUGUCAGAGAUAACAGUCUACAAAGAUCAUCCACUACAACAGGAUCACAAACUAAGUUUAGAGAAACAUAUUGAAGUCACAUCAGAUAUUUUGCAGGGAGACAACAGAAGUCCCAGCAAAGCCACAACAGAUCAUGAUAUAACCAGAAGACCUUUUGUUAAUUCUAGAUCGGAGAAUGACAAAGGUCACUUUUUGAAACUGAGUAGCAUCACAGAAAAAGAUGAUGAAAAUGAUGCUUCUGUGAUAAUUGAUGAGGAGAGCCUUUAUGAUAUUGUAAUGACAUACAGAUGCAAGUUAUGCUCUGAAGUUUUUGUUGAGAAAUCUGGGUUAUUGCAACAUUACAAGGAACUACACAAACCAGGUGGCACUGUGAAGAUCCGUGUGUCAACUACUUCAGCAAAUGACCAGCCACUUUCACUGGGUAAUGAGGACACAAAACUACCAAGGAAGAAAGCUGUAUUUUCAGACCACGGCAGUGUUUCAGAAGCAGAAGAAAAAAAGGACGUCAAUAUUCUCUAUUGUGGAUUUUGUUCUAAAGAAUUCCUGGACCUCCAAGAAUGCCGUAAGCAUAUAAAAAAGGAACAUCCAGCAGAGACAGAGAAGAAGACAAGGAAAGGACAUGCACGACCGCGAAAUUCCCAGGGCUUGAAAGUCAAGUAUCCUUCACAACCAGGGAUGCUUAUCGGCCACCGUAAAUCUCGCAGUUAUGCUCAGGAGGACAGUGAGGAAAAGAAAUCGGAAGGUAAUGAGACUAGUAAACGCCGUGUGAGAGCUCCAAAGAAUCUUCAGGAGCAGUAUUGGUUACAGAAACAGAAACCAAAACCUGUAUUUGCAAAGGAAGUUAAAAAGAUAUUCAAGUGUCCAGUGCACACUUGUAAAUACAAAUUUUCAAGCGAGGAAAAUUUGCAACAACACAAAGCAUGUCACGGACAGGCAGAAAGUGGAGAAGAGAGAGUCUUCACGUGUAGUAUAUGCCUCCUGAAAUAUGACAAGUGGGCAAUGUGUCAGCUUCACCUGUGGAAAGCCCAUGAACUAGACAUAGAUCUCCUAACAUGUGGAAUAUGCCACACAUAUAAAACUCCAACUGAGCAGAGGUUGGUCACUCACCAGAUGACACAUUCAGACAGGAGGGACCAUGUAUGCAAGACAUGUGGAAAGAGUUUUCGGCAACAGGCACAGCUCUUAAACCAUCAAGUGGUCCAUGUGACUAGCCCUAGUAAUCGGCCAGCAUGGGCACAAAAGGGAUGCUGCCCAGAAUGUAAGAGAUGGUUUACCGACAAGAAAUCCAUGAGACUACAUAUCAAUGCAGUACACAUGAAAGUGAAGCCACAUGCAUGUCCCCACUGUUCAUAUAGGUGUUCCAGAAAGUUUGACCUGAAUGUCCACAUGAGGCAACACACUGGAGAACGCCCACACAAAUGUGAGUUGUGUGGUUGGCAGUGCAGAGACCAUAAUGCCAUGAGAAGACACAAAGUUAUCCACCUUCAUAUGAAACCACUUAAAUGCCCCCAUGCCUUCUGUCAAUUUGAGAGUAGACAUUCUACUUACUUCAAGAGACAUGUUUCCAAGAAGCAUCCGAAGGCUGAGGCAAUCUAUAAGUGUCAGAUUUGUCUUAUGGAAACUCCAAACUUGACUGAGUAUAUUGCACAUUCUUCAAAUCAUGAAAAACAGUUAGUUAAAGAGGCUUUCAAGAUGAGGAAUGAUGUCCCUGAGACAAAGAAAGAAAAUGAAAAGAGCCUUGUGGAAAAAACAGCUGUUAAUUCAAAUAAAUCAGUAAAGGUUAAGAUGGAGGCUUCCAGAGAAGCACCAGUGAAUUCAACCAGUCAUGAAAUUGGUCCAGAGACAAUAAUGUUUGAAACUGUUACUACUGCUAAUGAUGACCAAAAUACUCAGGUCAUCACAAUUAAGCUAGAGGACAUGGAGGAAACACGAACACAUGAUCAGGAAAUGGGCUUGUUAAGCUCCCAGAACAGACUUGAAAGUUAUCACAAGGGGAAUGAAGGUUGUAAAUCAGGAGACUGCACCAUGACAGAGGAAGGUACUAUAUUAAACACCAGUGCUUCAGAAAGGACAGUUCUGGGCAUUGUUGACAGCAGCAAUUCAGAAGCAACAGUAUUAAGUGUCAGUGGAGACCAGACACUGAUGAGCCUUCCUCAAGUUGUGUUAUCAGAAGAUGGCCAUCAGUAUAUUAUUGGAAUCACUCCAGAUAGCAUUAAUGCUAAUGAGACAAGUAUUUUUGCCUUACAGCAAACUGAAGAGCAGCAAUAAAGUGAAUGCCAAGUUCAACUGUGAUAAUGUGAUGUCCAUAUGUUGUUAUUGUUGUUGGAUUAAGAAAUGGCAGCUCGUAACAUCUGGAUCUUAUUUUUCUAGGUACUUUUUGUCUGCCAUACCAUAAUGAUAUCAAGUCAUUCUUAUUGUUCAAUUUGAUAUUUUGAUAAGCAGUUAUAUGUAUCAUUCAGUAUGUUAUUACUAAAAUGACUUUACUAGUCUUAAUGCUUUUUUUGGGCUCAUAAUUUUUUGGUCAAUCAUUACUUUGCUAGAUGUUUUAAAUGAAAAGAUAUGGACCAUUCAUUUCCCAAGCUAUGAGUAACAUAGUAUUCUUGAUUUAUGUGAAGCAUUCCCACCUUUCCUACAAUGUUUGCUAGAUGUUCCAUUUCAACCUGUUCCUCUUAAAUUCCUCCCCUCUAUUUUUGUUACUUGGGUGAUGAAAUUAUUUUUUUGGUGAACCUGUAACACUUUAACAGUGACACUAAUGAUGAAGAAGAGCUAUUUGCAUUUAUCAAUUCCUGCCCUAUAUGUAAGUACUACUAAGUAUGAAGAAAUUUUAGAGUUGUACAGGAAGAUUUUAGCUUUUACAUCAUUGUUUGAGAAAUUUUGUAUGAAGUGGGAAAAUGCACAGGUUUUGGCUCUUCUAAUCCUAAGGUAAUCCCUUUAACACUGCUUUGAUGAUUACCAAGUUAUUUUUUUCUGAAUGUUUAAGUUGUUUAAUAGAGCAAGCCCCAUAUUUAUACUUUUUAAUUUUUGAAAAAAAAAAGUACUUUAAAAUGCAUUUCUGUAAACAUUGUCAUCUGCAUAGUUAUUGCUUAGAUAAAAAAGUUGAUUGGCUGCAUGCAAUUUUAUAUUCUACAGGUCUAACAUAUUUUUCCUUAUUUCUCAUAAUUGUUAUAUAUUGUGUGUCUUUUGCUCCAGAUCUCAUGCACGAUCUCAUGCUUACUUUUAAUUAUACAAUCACUGCCAUGUUGUGAUGAUUAUUAUUUAAUGAUGUACUCUCUAUGCAUUGUUAAAAUAGGAAGAUAUAUUAAUUCUACUAAUUACGUAUAUUAAUUCUAGUAGUUCUGUAAAUUCUAUUAUCCUUCCAUAGUGUGUAAGUGUUUACUAGUGGUUGUACUUGCUUAUCCCAUGUUUACCAUUUGGCAGCUUUGUAUUGGAUUAACUUGUAUGUAGCUGUAGCUUUCACUCCAUUUUGUGGAAUGUUGGAUUCUGCAUCUACAUUUUUAUAUGCUUUUAUCCUCCAAUGCUUCAUUGGUAGAGUCUCGUGAACCUUAAGGCACUCCGCAGCAGAUGAUGCCCAAAUUCAGUGCCUUGUAUGCGUUGAGCUGUGAAAAUGUCUUGUCCAGUGCCAUUCCCUCCUGUGUUUUUCGUCCUGAUUGUAUUUUUUAUGGUAAGAGUGGUGUGCUUAUAUCUGUGUAUGAUAAAGUAAAGUGAGUGAAAGUGGCUAGUGAUUAAAAGAGAUUGCAUAUAAUAAUAAUUUUAGAAAUUCCAUUAUAUGCAAGAGAUUAUUAGUGUGUUUCGGUGAAAUAUUUUCCUACUUGGGCAUAUUUGUAUGAACGAAUGAAAUGUUUAACAGCAAAAUAACUGAAGUCAUCCAGAAGUAGUUAUACGAGAAUGUGAUGUAUUUUUUUUUAUUUCAAGUAUUGAGAUUGUUAUAAAUGAUCUUUGGUAGUUGCACCUACCAACAGGCAAACUGUGAUAUAUUUUCUUAAUAAUAAAUAUUUGAUUAUA